CAUCGCCAUAAAUUUGAGUUCUAAUUCAAAGCAUAAUGGCUGCUCAAAUCCGUGAGAUUCAGGUUGAACUUAAAGCUAAGUGUUCUGCGGAGAAGUUAUUCGCUUUGAUUACUCGUGAUGCACCCAAGCUUCCAAAAUAUGUUCCUCAAAUGAUCCACAAUUGCCAAGUUCUCCCUGGAGACGGUGAAGUCCGUGUGGGGAGUGUAUAUGUUUGGGAUUAUGUACAAGAAGGUAAACCUUCUGCGCUCAGGGCGAAAGAGACGAUAACUGCGGUGGAUCAUAAAAACAUGUCACUGACUUUUACUGUUUCUGAAGGAGAUCAUAUCACAAACUUCUACAAUAACUUCUCUAGCACCGUUACUAUAAAUCCAACUCAGAGGGAUGGAGACUAUAAUUGCCUUGUCAAGUGGUCUGUACAAUAUGAGAAAGCGAAUGAAGAUGUCCCUGAUCCAACAUACGUAAAUAAAUGGGUUGAAGAUUUUACCAAGGAAUUGGAUACCAAUUUGCCCAAGGAACAGUAGACAAGAUUCAUCUACCUAGAUGACUAUAUAUUAAUUAGUUCUUCCUGUAGCAGGAAGCUACACGUUUGUGCUUGAUGUUUAAAUAUAUUAGACAUCUAAAUAAAUUUGUAACACGAACUUACCAGUAAUUAAGUAAAUAUGAUAUAUCUUGCUUAAGCACAGUGAGGA